AUGGAGAAAGUUAAUAUCCGCAGCUUGAGAAGUAACGCGAAGAUAAUAGGGACAGUUAUCUGUGUUAGUGGAGCCGUCUCCAUAGCAUUGCUCAAGAGGCCAAAACUACUUAACGAGGGAAUCGUACAAAUAAAAUCUUCGGGUGGCUCUAAAGGUGAGACUUGGUUGCUGGGUUCGCUAAUCCUUUUUGGAAACAGUUGUUGCUGGGCAAUGUGGACUAUCAUGCAGGUCCCAAUAUCAGCAAGAUGUCCUGAUCCCUUACUUUCUACUGCUUGGAUGUGUUUCUUUGGAUCCCUACAAACAAUAGCAGUUACCAUCUUCAUAAAACCAGAUCCACAAGCAUGGAAACCACAUUCAAGUCUUGAGUAUGCUUGUUUACUCUACGUAGGAGUUGCUUCUGCAAGCAUCAUUAUUCUUCAAGUCUGGUGCAUUUCACGAAGAGGUCCACUCUUCUCAGCAAUGUUCAGCCCUCUAACCACUGUUAUUGUGACCAUCUUUGCUGCUAUCUUUCUUCAUGAGACGGUUAACGCGGCAAGGUUGUUAGCUGCUAUUGCUGUGGUUGCUGGUUUGUAUAUGGUGCUGUGGGGUAAAGCUGAAGACCAAACGGAGAUCAGACAGGGGACAAAUUUUAAGCCACAAGUCAACAAUACAAGUAUUCAGCAAGGUUCUAUAGACGAAUCUUCAGGACAGAACAUCAGUAAAAUAAAUCUGGAAGAGCCACUUCUACUUGACAAAUUCACUAAUGUCGACAAAGACACUAAAAACAAAAGCAUACGAAUGCUAUACAAGAAACCAGCUGCGGGGAAGAGAAUAUAUAAACAACAGAGUGAGCAGCGAAUAAGUAAGCUGCAUACAACUAAUCCUAAGCGUUAA